CUCCACUCAAACCACCAUUGCCAUGAUUGCAUUGUAAGAUGAGAGGAGGGUAUUCGAAUCAUAAAAGGCAGGUGGGCCAUACUAGACAAGAAAUCACCAAAGGUCCCAGAAUCGAUGCUGGAAAGUCGGGUCAUCUUGUUUGCGGCUUCAAUCUUGGAUCACAACAAUGUCAAUGGCGUUCUCACUCUGAAGUAGCACUCAAAUUACACAGGGCUGAUCGUCAUUUGCUUCUUCCAGAAGGAGGUAUAGCCGAGUUAGAAAGGAUUGAUCCAAUUCUCGAAGAAGAGAGAAAAGAGAAAGCAAGACGGGCCCGAAAACGCACGGCUGAUGACGAAGCAGAAGAGCAGGCAAAUCAAUUGAUACCUGGCCUGAACAUUCAGCUCGAUAGUCCUGAACUUGUUCAAAAAUGGUUGGCCGAACGAAAAAAGAGAUGGCCUACAAAGGCUGUGGUAGAGCAAAAAGCAUUGCAAUCCUGGGACGAGAGACCUGUUCAAUCAUCACACAGGAAUAACAAAAGUGCAUCUGCCCCUGCUGCAAAGCCUAAGGCUGAGACUAAUGAUGACUCCUCAAGCAAUGAGUCAUCUGACGAAUCCGAUUCUGAUGGGGAUGAUGAUGAUGCGGGCAAAGUCGAAGAAAAAGCAAACAUUGCACCGUCCUUUGAAGAUAACGAAUCCGACUCCGAUUCAUCCGGCUCAGAUCUGGAUCCAGAAAAGGAUGCAAUUUCCUCAAAAGUGCCGCCACCCGGACAGAGAUAUGAUUUGGACGAGUCAAAGCCUAAGCCUCUUUGCCGUUUCUUUCAGAAAGGAACAUGUCGCAAUGGAGAAAAUUGUUCACAUCGUCAUGAAAUCGGAGAUCUUAACCCGACAGAAAAGCAGUCAAAGAAACGUAAACGUCCAAAAGCUCCUUCGCCAAAUCCAUUCGAAGCCCCACAUCUGUUACGCGCCCUUUUGCGGAACGAGAUUGCACAACAUAUCAAUUACGUCGCCCAAGUGAUUCGUUUCCUUGUCCGCAACGAGUAUUUGGAUCGAUUUGAAACACGAAGCGGUGAUGCUGCAGAGCAGAAAAGACGGAGAGGUUUGAUUGAAGAGAUCAAACGAGGUCCGACGGGUACGAAUAGUGUUGUUGAUCAGCCGCCCAUCGCUAUGGCUCAACCGCUGAAUAAAGGUGGCCUACCCAUAACGGAAGGAACAUUGUACCGUCCGCCAUCUCCGGAACUGAAACCUGUUGAUGAGCUAUCACUACCGCCGCAACCUGACGAAUUCGCAUUGAUGGACCCUUUACGUGCACAUGAUGCAAAGCCAAUGAAUCAUGAACAAUUUCGUCAAAUUGCACUGGAUGUAGGCAUUCGUGCUUCACUUUUGGAGAAUGAUCAUCAUAAUGCCCUUCAUUCGGUUGAAGCAAAGCUGUCCAAAGGUAUGAUUCGUGCACUUGAAACGCUGGACGCAUUACCUUCUUACAAUCAUCGAGCAUCUGCAUUGGAAUUGAUCUUGGGUGUAUCUGAACAAUCAGCAUUGCACAGUCAUCAAGUUGGACCGACGUACGUCCGAGGUGAUAGGAGGGCAAAUCCGAUGAACGGACAAAGUACGAGUAAUGGUAGUGGUGCCAACGGCGGUGGACCUUCAAGAGUGAUUGGAGAAUCGGAAUUGUUCAGGCUUGGUUUACGUGUCGGUCCCCUGGAAAUUCAAAGGAUUCGUCAACUUGCAAGUCGAGUGAGCAAUGUGAUCGGAGGUCCUUCAUUUGAACUUGAUGAUGAUUCUGGACAAUUUGAAGGGGAUGAAGACCAAUUCAAGCCAUGGUGGGACGAAAAGACUAGACAUGAGAUGCGAAUCAAGAAGCUACACAAAGAAGGAGAAUGGAGAGAUCAAAUGAGAAAGCUAGGCUUAGAGGUAGACUAAUUUGUAAAAUUUAUUCAUGCUGUAUUAUAGUACAUUGUGCAAUUCAUAAAAUCAUCAAAAGAU